AUGCGCUUCAAGGCGACCCUCAAAGACGCCAAGGGUCUACUUGGUGUUCUACAGGUGUGCCGCAGUAGUCAACGCGACUGCAUCGUACGCCUCCAGUCUGAGCGCAUCCGUUUCUUCUCCAACACAAACGCCGCAGAUGGGGUCCAGGUGUGGAUGCGAUGCCCGUCGUCGUUUCUCUUCUCCGAGAUGAUCUGCGACUCCGGCUACGAGGAGCACUCCAUCACAUGUGAAGUACUCGACCUCGCACAGCUCAUUCACAUCGUGAAGCAGGUGGAGGCGCGCGAGCGAUCCCACCAAGGGACCGCCUCGCGUGUGCAGGUGCGGCUGGCGCGAAACGGACGGUGUCCAUUGUGGCGUGUUGCCAUGCAGGGACUUCCUGGUCAGCCGGACGUCAGCUUCGACGUGCCGCUGCGCAUCCUCGGGGACCGCGAAAUCAAGAGUCUGUCCCCGCCACCGCUGGAGAGGCAGCACCUGCAGAUACUGGUGCCAGACAUGCUAGAGCUUACCACCUUCAUUGACAAGUUGAAGAACACCGCAGCCGAUAGCGUAACCUUCUCGGCGCGCGUGCUGACGCCGCGGCUUGGCGCAGAUGGCGGUGAUGGUGGCGCAGGGGCAUGUCUCGGGGUGAAGCGGCCGCGCGCCAGGGACAUAUUGCCAUUGGCGAGCCUUCGCAUCUUCGCUGAGCAUUUUAUGGCUCGCUUCUCGCUCAAGUACGAGGCGGUUGAAUUGAUUGAGCAGCCGGAGAGAGAUGAUGAUGGUGGCGAUGAGGACGAUGACGGCGGGGCCGUGGGUGGCAUUAGCGAGGCGACUGUUGUGGUCGAGACGAGGAAGUUUGCGCGCUUCUUUUCGGCGGUGAAGGAGCUGGACCCGAUGAAGAUAAGCAUGUACUUGAUGGACCAGCGAGCACUCGUGCUGAGCGUGUUCGCAGCUGGGAACACCGCAAUGGUGGCCUAUAUUCCCGCCAAGGCGUAG